AUGUGUGUGUCGGCAUCCCCCUCUCUCUCUCUCUCUCUCUCUCUCUCUCUCUCUCUCUCGAUCUCUCAAUCUCUCUAUUUCUCUAUUUCUUAUACUCAUACUCUCUCUUUCUCUCAUGCACCAACACAUAUACACUCUCUUUCUCUUUCGCCCUCAUGCAAUUUUAUGGGCUCCCUCUGCUUCUAUCUGAUACAAGCGCUCCCUCUAUUAUACAACACUACGCAAGCUCACCCCCACAGUUACGCCAACGUACUUCUCCUCCCAAAUCUUCUCUCCUCUCAAUUCUUUCUAUUUAUCUCUCUUUUACCACACAUACAUAUUCUUCCUCCACAACAUAGACAUUCACCCUCACUGUCUUUUGCAUUCAUCGACUUUGUUUUUCUCUUACGUACAAACUUUCUUUCUUCUCUUUCUCUCUCUCUCUCUCUCUCUCUCUCUCUCUAUCUAUCUAUCUAUCUAUCUAUCUACCACUCUCUGUCUCUGUGUCAUCCCUUUUAUUGCUUAAUCAAGUUUCUCCUUCUCCCUUUUCUUCAUCAAAUUCUUUUUCUUCUUCUUCUAAUUUGUCUUUUUCAAAUUUUUCUUCAAAUUCUUCUUUUACUUAAAAUUGUUAAAAUUCUUCUUAAAAUUCUCUCUCUACUUCUCAAUAUUCUUCAUCAAAUUCUUCAUCUUCUUCAAAUUAUUUUUCAAAUUCUUCUUAAAAUCCUUCAAAUUCUUCUGAAAAUUCUUCUUAAGAUUCUUCUUUAA